AUGUGUAAUGGCAGCUCCAUCACAGAGUUCCUCUUCCUGGCAUUUGCAGGCACGCGAGAGCUGCAGCUCUUACAGUUCUGGCUCUUCCUGGGCAUCUACCUGGCUGCCCUCCUGGGUAAUGGCCUCAUCAUCACAGCCCCCCUGCACUAUGGGACCCUCCUGGGCAGCAGAGCCUGUGCCACCAUGGCAGCAGCUGCCUGGGGCAGUGGCUUUCUCAACGCUUUGCUGCACACUGCCAAUACAUUUUCAAUACCUCUCGACCGAAGCAAUGCCCAGGAUCUCUUCUGUGAAAUCCCCCAGAUCCUCAAGCUCUCCUGCUCAGACUCCUACGUAAGGGAAGCUGGGAUGAUUGUGCUUACUGCUUUUCUAAUGCUGGGGUGUUUUGUUUUCAUUGCUCUGUCCUAUGUGCAGAUCUUCAGAGCUGUGUUGAGGAUCCCCUCGCUGCAAGGACGGCACAAAGCCUUUUCUACGUGCCUCCCUCACCUGGUCAUUGUCUCACUGUUUGUCGGCACAGUCAUGUUUGCUCACCUGAAGCCCCCCUCAAUCUCUUCCCCUUCUCUGGACCUGGCGCUGGCAGUUCUGUACUCAGUGGUGCCUCCAGACGAAGGCAGCCCCUAG